UGCUGACAUUAGCUCGGACGGCUGCAACGUGUGCGAUUGCCUUUUCUACAGCGUACCACCGCUGGCGUCUGCAAUCCAAGAAGAGGACCAUUGCGUCGCCUGUAAUUCGGCAGCUGCGGCGGCAGUCGGCGCGACUUCCUAAGGCUGCACUCCUUUGCAGGAAGUAAAGGCUAGUAUGGGCUUCAUAAAUGCCGACUUCGUGGGGGCGAAGCAGAAGCGGACAGAGUCACGCUUCCCGGCAUCCUCCUGGCCUUUGCCCAGUCAGAAGAUUCCGGAGGCAUUCGGAGCAGCUAUGUGGAGUUCUGAUCGCUGUCCCUAUCGCUGAGGUGAAGAUCAUUCGGCUGUCUUUUGUGCAAACAUCGACCGAAUAAAACAAUAAUCAAGUGAGUCUACAAACAUCUCCCGGACAGGAAACAACUACUGGAGCGAAAAAAUGUUCCAGUGGAUUAUAAACGAGGUUGCCAACGCCUCGCCUACUGGCCUUGUGCUCGGUCUGUCGUAUUGGGCCCUGAAGUGGAGUGCUUGCCUUUGCGUAUCCUUUGUACUUCUGCUGGUCUGUUUUCUUUCGCUCGCCCGACGGAAGCAGCUGGAGUCUUUAAAACAACUGGAGCACGUGGCUGGAAAAAGGGAGGUCCUGCCGUUCUUGAACCUCUAUAUUAUGUUCAAAGCGUGCUCCCAGCCCGACAAUCCGGCGGGAUUCGGACCACUGGUCUUCAACGUAUUUUUUGGCUUCUACGUGUGCUUCCAAAAAUAUGGCAUGCACCAGGAAUACGUCGGCAUCACACCGACAGUUACAAUCUACAGAGCGGACCUUGUAGAGGAAGUGCUCAGAAGCAACAAGGUGAUAACAAAAGGGCUCAAUUACAAGUUCCUCCGCAGUUGGCUCGGAACCGGCUUGGUGACAAGUACUGGUGAUAAGUGGAGGUCACGAAGGCGGCUUUUUACUCCAGCGUUUCAUUUCCGAAUCCUGGAAGAUUUUACUUCUACAAUCAAUAACCAAUCUACGAUUCUUGCGAGCGUUUUGGGAAAGACGUCACUUGAGCAGAAUGGACUUGACGUGGUCCCGAAAGUUACACUCUGCACCCUGGACAUAAUCUGUGAAACCAUUAUGGGGAAAACGCUUAACGCUCAAAGCAAUGAGGAUUCGGUUUAUGUCAAAGCUGUCCAUCGGUUGAGCGAGCUGUUCAUGGAAAGGAUGGCGACGCCGCUCGCACGUUCCGAAAGUCUUUAUAGAAUGACAGCCAAGGGAAAAGAGUAUACCCACUGGCUCAAUAAACUGCACACAUUUACGAGAGAGGUAGUUGCAGAAAGAAAGAAGGACAUGAAGGCAACCAUUAGCUCCGGAACCCUUCUCGAUGACGAGGAAGAUAAUGGGUCUAACUACAUGAAACGAAAACGGCCCUUCCUCGACACACUUCUGCUUGAACACUUCAAAGAUCCCCAAAACAUCACGGAGGAAGACAUGCGUGAAGAGGUGGACACAUUCAUGCUUGCGGGUCACGACACAACCGCCAUGGCCAUAAGCUGGGCGCUAUUGCUGAUAGGCCUCAGUCCUGUGGAGCAGCAGAAAAUACACGACGAAUUGGAUUCCAUCUUCGGGGACGACACAGAGCGGCACGUCAAUCACGAAGACAUGAAAGAGAUGCGCUAUCUGGAAUGCGCGCUAAAGGAGGCACAACGGAUUUACCCUAGCGUGCCAUUCUACUCAAGACUUUGUGAAGAGCCUUUUGAACUCGGCGGCACGAUUCUUCCCGAGGGAACAGUAAUUAAAAUUGCGGGCUACUUCUUGCAUCGGGAUCCAGAAGUAUUCCCAAAACCCGAAGAGUUUCGCCCUGAAAGGUUUCUUCCCGAGAAUUCAAAGGGAAGGCAUCCUUUCGCCUACAUCCCUUUCUCGGCAGGUCCACGAAACUGCAUUGGUCAGAAGUUUGCGCUGCCGGUGGUAAAAAUCGUCGUUGCCAACAUCCUGCGCCGAUACAAGCUUCAGUCCCUCGAUCACAGAGAUCAAGUUCUUUUCUUCUCCGAAAUGGUUCUCAGACCUAAAAAUGGACUCCGAAUUAAGUUUAUCCCCAGGGUUUCUUCGAAGCGUGCUUGACUUAAUGACAAAAUGGAAUGGCAAAACAAAACAACGAGAAACAUUGCCGUGGCUGGGGCAUUCCAAUCUGCAUCACUUGUCGGUAGGGUGACCACCUCCCUGCCGGUGGAAUGCGGGACAGCCUGACCGGUAUUUUCACGACUCAAGAAAUAAAUAUUAAAUAAAAUUCACCAACGCGCACACCCCGAAA